UUUCUAAUUCCCAAAGCUGCAUAAUUAUCAAGAAAGCUCCUUUAUUGAAACAUUCAAUAACCAAAGUCCCCAAAUCUCCGGUUUAUACUACCUCUCUCCUGUCAAAUACCAUACACCACCGGCAGCCAAAAUCAAAAUGUCAGACGAAGUACCUUUCCAUAUCCAUGGAGAAAUCAUGAUGAGGCUUCCUGUCAAAUCACUGAUUCAGUUCAGAUCCGUCUCAAAAGCAUGGAAGUCUUUGAUCGACAGCUCAGAGUUUGUUGCUGCUCAGAGCGUCCUCGAUACUCAGCCACAUCAUCUGUUUGUAUGGUAUAAAGAUCCGAGAGGAGAAAUAAAAUACGUUUCUUUUGUCGACGACAACUCUUUCCCUCAGAGGUUUGUUCCUACUCUUCCUCUGUCCGUUAAACUUCCAAGAAUUGUUGGCAGUUCUCAUGGCUUGUUGUGUUUGGAUGGCUAUCAUUGGGAUCUGGAGACUUCCGAAAUCAACUUUAAAAAGAGAUUGGCUGUUGUUUGUAAUCCUUCUAUCAGAAAAUCAAUUUCUUUUGUAUUACCUGAUAUCUUGCAUGUACGCCACGAAAUGAUUCUUGCUUUUGGGGUUUGUCCUGUUAGUAUCGAUCCUAAGAUCAUCCAGAUCACACAACUCCCUUCAUGGAUGGAUAAGAAAACCGAAAUUAACAACCUUUGGAAGGUUGAGGUUUACUCCUUUAGAUCGGGGAAAUGGAAAAGUCUUUCUACGAAUCUCCCAAGGAAAUCAAUACGAAUUAGACAGCCCCAAGUAGUUAUUGAUAGGCAUAUCUAUUGGUGUGCUUCCUGUCUAGACAGUGGAAUACGUACUCAUAAUGUGAUUAUGUCAUUUGAUAUAACUGAUGAGAGUUUUAAAGUUAUACACCUCCCCGAUAAUUUAGCUAGCCAUCCUUCUUCAUGGGCGACUAUGUCUAAGUGGUUGUCUAUUUCUAAGCUAGGGGAAUCUUUAGUCAUGCUUGAACACGAUUUAAACACCGAGGGACAAGUUUGUUGUGAAGUAUGGAAGAUGGAGAAUGGUGUUCAAAUAUCAUUUACAAAGCUAUACACCAUCAAUGCACCAAAAGAGUCAAUAAAGGCAGUGGGUUUUAGGAAGACUGGAGGACCUAUAAUAGAAGUGAACGAUGAUAUUUCUGAGCCGACUCAACUUGUUGUUUAUGAGCCCAACUCAGGGCACUGCGAUGAUCCGAUUAGAGGAUAUUCAUUCAACGUGAAUUCUUACAUGGAAACACUACUCAUGUUUGGUCGAUCUGAUUGUAGCAGUUAUUAACAUAAAGUGGAGGAAAAAAAGAUAAAUGUAUAGCAUUGAAGAAGGCAAGACACCCAAUUUAUGUCAAAUAGUAUUCCCCAAGUUUGUUGGAUUCAUUAAAAAGUUAAAUGCAUCACAUAUAAUUUGAUGUUGUGUUUAUUUAAUGCAUGUAAUAUGUAGGAAGUUGAAUCUCACAUUCUUAUGAACAUUGUGCAGUAAUAUCUUGUUGACAGUAUAUUGUAUGUGUUGUAAUUUGUAAACCUCAAUUGCUCAA